AUGACAACCAACAUUCCCGAGAUCCUCCUGCUCUGCAUGGACGAACCCUUCCUAAAAGCCUUCAACGAUGCCCUCAAAAAGACCUGGCCAGACCACGAUUCCACAAAACUAAAGAUCACCGCAAUACACGAGCGCCUAAACUCCCUCCCAGAAGGAACAACCUUCGACCUAAUCGUCUCACCAGCAAACUCCUACGCCCGUCUCGACGGAGCCUUCGACCACGCCAUCUCAAUGACCUUCAGCCCACAACAAGACUACGACGCUGUGACGCGCGUAGCACAAAAAGUCCUCUACGAGAGAUGGCGCGGGUUCGCACCCCCGGGAUCAUGCACGCUUGUCGAGUUCCCAUAUGACCUAAAGCAGAAUAAAUACGGCUGCGGAUGGGUGGCUAUUUGUCCGACGAUGCGGGAGCCUAGAGAUGUCCGCUGGGACAAGGAGAUUGUCUAUGAGUGUAUGUGGAGCUUGUUGUGUCAGGUCGAGGGACAUAAUCGUGCUGCGAAGGGGAAGGGGAAGAUUGGGAGGAUUCUUAUGACGCCCUUGGCUGUUGGGGUUGGGAAAGUUAGUAAAGAGCGUUGGGCGGCGCAGACAGCGCUCGCGCUGAGGCAGUUUGUUGAUGCUAUUGAGAGGCCUGCGAGGUGGAGCAAUUUGGGGUGGGGUGAUAUUGGGCAAGAUACUCGUGAUGUUGUGAGGACUUGGGCGCUGUGA